ACCGAAAGUGCGACACGUUUAAUUACUAGCCGGAAGUGAGACUUGCGACCGGAGUCAACAAGAAGCUAACGUUAGCUCAGUUCGCGUUAACAACGAUAUGGAACUGACCUCGGAAACCGAGGCAGUAGGUUGAAAUACUGUGUACCGUAAAUUAUGUAUUUUUAGCUACAACGAGACACAAUGGAGUCAGUGGAACCUCAUCGAUGUGAAAAAUGUGGACAGAGUUUCACAGACAGUGGCUCGUUCGCCUCUCACCCCUGUCCGGAUAAGUCAUUAAGUAAAAAACAGCUGGCAAACUACAAGUGUUCUCUAUGCAACAAGGCUUUUUUCAAGCCUGGUGUCCUGAAACGCCACUUUAAAAGCAUCCACAGUGGAUGUGAACCUAAAGUGAGCCUGUUUCCCUGCACCGAGCAAGGCUGCCAGUUCAGCAGCACAGAGCGUCAGGAAUAUCAAGCCCACUUGGUGUCCACACAUGGUCUCACUCUUAUUCCCUGCACCCACCAGUCCUGCAAAGUGUCAUUCCCCACACAGGAUGACAUGGAGAGACAUUUGCGGGGCCACAUGCCCUUUGGCUGCUUUCAUUGUCAGUUUGUCUGUCAAAAUGUAAAAGACUUGGGAGGUCACCUCUUGGAGCACAAACAUCUGCAAACUCCUGCCCAAGGGGACAAGACUGCAGCCACAGCUGCAUGCAGCGACCAGCCUCGGGCAUCUGGCAGGCCAAAAAGAAAACUGAUAUCCAACCCAGAUAAUGCAUCAUCAUUACCAGAGGACAGGAACGAGGAACAGCCUGAGAGGCAAAGGCACAAUGUUAAAAGAGUGAGAAGGGUAAUGGGAAGAGACAAACCUUCAGUGGGCAACGCUGCACUACUGCCAUCCAAAGAGUACCUUGCAGAGGGAUCAGAGCACAUCUUUCGCACCCACACCUGCCCCAAAUGUCGGCGCUGCUUCAAGAUGCGCUCCCACCUUCAGGAGCACCUCCAUUUGCAUUUUCCUGACCCCAGCCUCCAAUGUCCCACCUGCAAGCGUUACUUCACCAGCAAGAGUAAGCUACGCAUACAUAGACUCCGUGAGGCAGGUGAAAAGGUUCACCAAUGCCACUUGUGUGAGUACUCUGCCGUGGAACAGAAUGCAAUCCGCCGCCAUCUUGUCAGCAUACAUCCCGAAGAGGCAGAUAAUAACGUAAACAGUCAUAGCUAUCCUUGUCCAACCUGUGGUCAGAAUUUUCGCCAAAGUAGAUCACUUAAGGCUCACAUCAAGACGCACAACAUUUUGUCAGACAGCAAGCCACUGGGAUGCUUUCAAGAGGGUUGUUCUUUCCAGACAUCUUUGCGCAAAGAACUUUUUCGACACACUGCCGAAGUGCAUGGGGUCAAGGCUUUAGAGUGUCGUCAUCAUGCCUGCGGUGCAAUCUUUCGAAGUGAGACGGACAUGGAGGCUCAUUAUCGAACACACCUUGCCUACCACUGCUCACAGUGUGAUUUUUCUUGCUCCAAUAAGACCAUUUUCCUCCAGCACAAGCGGCAUGGUCACCCAGGAAGUGACAAGCUUUGCUGUGACUUUUGCUCCUUUGUCACAUUUAACCCUGUGGAGUUUGAGCACCACCUUGGACAUUUGCACGCCAAUGAGAAGAUCCAUCGCUGCUCUCAGUGCAGCUACGUGACCUCACAUAAACGGGGCUUGAAGCGACACAUGCUGAUGCACAGUGGUGAGAAGCCGCACAAAUGUAGCCUGUGUGACUUCAGGUGCCGAGAUGAGUCCUACCUCUCUAAACAUAUGCUCACUCACUCAGACGACAAGAACUUCAUGUGCGCUGAGUGUGGAUACGUAACUAAAUGGAAACACUAUCUGAAUGUCCAUAUGAGGAAACAUGCUGGAGACCUCAGGUAUCAGUGUGAUCAGUGCCCCUAUCGCUGUCACCGCAUGGACCAGCUGAAUAGCCACAAAUUACGACAUCAGGCCAAAUCAUUCAUGUGUGAGGUCUGUGCUUAUGCAUGCAAACGCAAAUAUGAGCUUCGCAAUCACAUGUUGGCCAAACAUUCAGGAGAGGACAAACAGCCAUCUGUCUAUAAGUGCAAAUACUGCACAUAUACUACCUGCUACAGACAGGCCCUUCAGAACCAUGAGAACUGCAAACAUACAAAGCUUAAAGAGUUUCGGUGCGCCCUCUGCUUUUAUUCCUCUUUCAGUAGCAUCAGCCUUUUCCUGCACAAGAAGAAAACUCAUGGAUAUGUACCAGGGGACAAAGCAUGGCUAGAGAAUUACGCUGCAAAGGAGAAGGAGAGGAACUCCACUGAGUUCUUGCAGGACUUUUACAAUAUGCCCUCAACAGCUCACGGGCAGUUUGAACAAUCAACUUCUGAAGGACCUCCACCAUCUCAAAGAGAACAGUCUGAUCUUCCUGGCUCAGAAUAUGACAGUGCCAGCAAAAAAGCUGAUUCACAAACUGUUGACUCUGUGGGUGUUUUUGAUGUUGCUUCACAAGAGGUUGUUAAUGAAGGUAUUUCUGAUAGUUCUCCAUCUGUAAACAGUCCUGAGGAGUACUGUACUCUUGUUUUAACAACACUAUCAACCACUGACUAUCAGACCCCCUCUGUGCAAAACGAGGAAGAAAAUUGUGCAAAUCAAACUCCAAGCACACCUAAUUUAAACUGUAAUGGCUCUGACCCCUCACAAGAGAAAGCACACUUCUCUACAUCUUCAUCAGAGCAAGACGAUGUAGCUAUGGCGGAUGCCGAUUGUGAACAGAGUGACUUAGAUGACAACUAUGAGCCUCUGACUAAUACAAGUCAACCAUUUGAGGCCGAGGAGUGUCAAACUCAAGCAUCUGAGGGGAAGAAUGAUGGUGGCACUACUGAUGCCACUUUUCCAUCUGGGCAAAAUCAGCCAUUAGAAUCUGAGCUCCGUCUGAAAGCUAUGAAGAAGCAUGACAAGGACCAAGCAGAAGCCAUGGUUUUGGAGGGACGAGUGCAAAUGCUUGUGGUGCCAACUAAAGAGAUUUAUCGUUGUGACAAGUGCUGUUAUGUAACCAGUAAGGAGACCGCUUUAAAAUACCACUGCCAGACUUUGUGCCAUGGCAGGAUAAAGGAAUACAAGUGCCAUGCCUGUGGUGGACAGUUCAAACAGAAGCGAGGGCUUGAUAGUCAUCUUGCAAAGAAGUGCCCUGCACUUCCACGGAAAACAAGGAUAUUUGUGGGCAUUUCAAAUCCAUGUUUGGCUACAGAGGACUCUACUGUUGGACAGGAAGGAUCCACACUACUGGAUGAGGGAACACAUUCUGAUCAGAAAGAGCUUCUUUCUUCACAUAAGAGGAUUUGCACAGAUUUAAAUGAUCAGGAAUUUCACCAGCAAGAAGUGGAAGUAUGUACAUCUCAAUUAACAAACUGUAAACAUGUUGAUCCUAAUGCUGUUACAUCCAGUGAAUCAGAACACGAGCUAAACAAGAUUCAGACAAAAAAUCUUUUAAAAGGUAAAAGUUCAAAAAAGGAACUACUUUCCAAUAACAACCAAAGAAAAGUUCCACUGCAGUCCCUUUACACGAAAAAAGAUGGAAAAUUCAAAUGCAAAUGUUGCAAUUUUUUAUCAGUUAAACUUGCAACAGUUGAACGCCAUCUCUCAACCUGCAGGAAAAGAGACAAUCAGAUCAUUUCAGAAGAGAAUGAUGCGUCUGGUAACAAGUCAGUCAAAGAAAAAGAGGGCUUGGUGGAAGAGCACAAUGAAAAAAGUGGGAAAGCUUCUGACAAACCUCAGCUUUUCUCUUGUCCAGGCUGUUCAUUUAAGUGCAAUCAGAAGAGGGCAUUAGACAGUCAUGAAAAGAGAGGCUGCUCAAAGCCAGGUGAUGUCCAGUGCACCAUGUGUUCAUUUGUAGCCAAAACUAAAAUGUCUUUGACUCGUCACAUUCUGUAUGUCCAUAACAAGAAAAAGUCUGGUGUUGCUAAACCUAAACAGUUGCAUUGCCAGCACUGUACUUUCACCUGUAAACAAGAACGAUGCAUGACCCAACAUCUUGCACUCAAACACAAAGGAGCGCGACCUCACCAUUGUCAAUAUUGCCCUUUUAGCACCACAAGGCGCUAUCGCUUGGAAGAGCAUGAGUCUCUACACACAGGAAUCGGUCGUCACAGCUGCGAUAUGUGCGAAAAGACCUUUGGGGCUGUGACCAAAUUGCGUCAGCACAAGAUUCGCAUCCACGACAAACAACCUACACACUUCUGCUCACUCUGUGACUUCAGUGGUUACACGCUUGAUGAUGUAAGACGGCACAAUCUCAGAUGCCACACAGGUGUGUUACACCAUGCUUGCACUCAUUGUGAUGCUCAGUUUAGUUCAGAAGUUGCACUAAGAAACCACUGUAAACGUGUGCACCAGCUCCAGGCCUGUUUCUCAUGUAAGCAGUGCGACUACACAUGUAGCAACGAAGUAACACUGAAGACCCAUCAAGAGAGCAAGCACCCUCAGGUGAAGUGCACCACCUGCCAGGAGUCUUUUAAGACAAAGGAAAGCCUUGCAAUUCAUCAGAGAACUCACCUGGCACACCAGUGUCAACUGUGCUCCUUUGCUACCAAAACAAGGCAGCUAUUAGCGCAACACCUUCUGAAUGAACAUGAGGAGGGAUCCACCAAGGACAAGCCUCUAAAGUGUAGCACCUGUCAGUUUGCUUGUAGGCAUCAGCUGGUUUUAGAGCAGCACCUACGUUCACAUGGAGGCAAGCGGCUGUACAAAUGCACAGACUGCAAGUAUUCAACCCGAAACAAGCAGAAGAUCACAUGGCACAUUCGCAUACACACUGGGGAAAAGCCUUACAGCUGUGAACAGUGCAGUUACACCUGCACUGAUCCAUCUAGGUUGAAGCUUCACAUGAGGGUUCACCAGGAUGAGAAGAAGUACCUGUGUCCACAGUGUGGCUACAAAUGCAAGUGGGCGACUCAGCUGAAGUACCACAUGACUAAGCACACAGGAGACAAGCCAUAUGCCUGCGAUGAGUGUGACUACCGGACUAACAGAGCAGAUGCUCUCCGUGCCCACCGGGAUACGCAGCACUGUGACAUGCGCCCUUAUGUCUGCGAGAAAUGCGGUAAAGCCUUCAAGACCAGUUUUAUACUGAAGACCCACCAGCGUCAACACAGUGAUGAUCGGCCAUACACAUGUGGCUUGUGCCAAAAGGCCUUCAGAUGGCCGGCAGGUCUCAGACAUCACUACCUCUCACACACCAAGCAGCAGCCUUUCUGCUGUCGCCACUGCUCCUACAGGGCCAAACAGAAGUUCCAGGUGGUCAAGCAUUUGCAGAGGCACCAUCCAGAUAUGUCAAUGGAGCAGGGGGUGGUGAGGGACUCUGAGGCAGUAAGCCUGACCCUGAAGGAGGCUUUAGAGGGGACACUGGAUGAGAGAGCAGCAGAAGUGGAGGAGGAGGAAAGGGUAGCAGAUGAAGAAGUAGCUGAAGAGGUUGUGUAAAUAGGGGAAAAGGGCGAAACAAUAUCCUGAAGUAAGGGUAGAAUAGAUGCAUUGGCCAGUUCACAUUGUAUAACCCUGUUUCCAAAAAAGUUGGGACAGGGUCAUGUUUACCACCUGUUCAUCACCUCUUCUUUUAACAACACUCGAGUCUGGAAAAGUCUGGAAACUGAGGAGCCUUUGCUGUAGUUUAUAUUUGACCACUUUGCUCUAUUGUGCUGUAAAAGGCUAAUCAGAACGCAUUACAUGUGA